UUCAGACUUCUCAAGACGAGAGACUCAGAUGGGAUCUUAUCGAGUAACUGACCUACACCAUGGGGACCUACGUAUAGCAAAAUCUUAACCAUAGCGAUCCAGACCGGAUCUGUACACCCAGUGCAACAUUGUUGCCAUUUCAAUGCUAUCAAAGAACGCAUUUCUAGUGGAAUAGUGUUCCUGCAAUAUCAUACAAGAAACUCGCCGCGCAAUCUUCGCCGCACAAAGAAGCGAACAGUAAUGCAGGUAUUCAGAUUUAGAAUUAUACUCCCAACCGUCGAAUGCAAAACGGCGAUCGCGAUGCAAUACCAACGGGAAACCGCGCGCAGAGAGCAAAUGUUUGAAUUUAGAAAUAUCGCGAAGAUGCAGCAACAGCUUUUCAUAAAACCCUAUCUUCACGUUCGCAGCAUCAGAACUAACCCUCUUCGUAUACAUGUUUUCAAAAUAAAUUCCCUAGUUAAAAAUCGUUUACAUUAAAACCGGCAACUCAAGGUUGGGUCUAAAAUAGGCGUAAAGCUUUUGAUGGACAAGACGCGUAGGUCGGACAGAAAUGGAAUUAUAAUCAUCCCAUUAUCUCUUCAAGCCACACAAUAGAGCUUUAAACUUCAGAUGUGACUAUAAAAACAAAGUGAUAAAUCCCUUAGAUAAAAGGGUUCCAAGCCGGCUACAGGUAGCGCAUACCGGCGUUACAGCCUCAUUAGAACUAGAAACAAGGGCGAAGUAAUUAUGGUGCAACUAUUCUCACAUUCCGUUCUGGGGGAUGCUUUUUUUUCAUUUCGCUUUCAAUAUGUGCAUUUUUAGCAGAGGGGCGCAGGGGUGGGUCUUGGGUGUUUUUGUUCACGAAGCGAGUUGUCGCGUCGUGGGGCAGUCGCCUCCGCUCCGCCGCCGAGGACGCUCGUGUCGCCUCCGCCGGCCCGCGCGAUGCCGACUUUCGGCCUAAAUUCAAACAUCGUUCCAUCAACCGAUCUCGACUUCAAGUGAACAUUGUUCUGACGUUUGUUUAGUUUUUUCGGAUCAUGUGUAAGAUUCUACGUAAUUGAAACAUAUCAAAACAUCAAAAGCAUGUGAGUGAUAUUAGUGGUAUAUGACUUUUGUAAAAUGUUAGUUUGUGUGUGUCAGCCAACGGAGACAGCGCUACUUCUUAAAGGAGGUCCCCCGAUAGCCAUGGGUCCGCUGGGCACCAGGCGGCACCCGGCCGACCCCGAUGCUAUGAAGAACAUCACUCUACUACACAAAUCCCGUAGAUUCAGUAUUGAAGACACGAAGGACAGUUCCCCGUCGCUGACCUCCUCGCCCUCGCUGAACACAUCCGGCAGCCUGUUGAAUCUCAGGAAAAUAGAGAGAACGGCCAAAUCCACGAAAAUACUCGUUAACCCCGUCUGCUCGGACAGUCUCGGGUCGGGAGAGGACGCCAACAAGCCAAAGGACUCUAAAUGGAAGGGGAAAAAGAAACGCCUCAAAUCAGACGAAAAGAAAAAACACAAGAAUGACGAUCCCCAACUAGAACAUGAUAAUUCACGACUCCGCCGUAACGAAGCUAAGGAGGAGAAAAAAUCGAUAUCGUGUUUCAAAAUGAAAAGUUCGGAUGACAAAUCACGUUCGGACGAGGAUCGGAAAUCGGGGAAGGAAAAUUGUUCUAAUGAAAACUCUAGUAAUUGGAGCAGUGUGGAGCCAGAUAUCGUAAUUGACUCUAGAAAAAACAGUAAGGAGAGGUUAGUGAACGAGAGCACUAUGAUGGAUGUGACCAUGGGGAUAGAUCAAGUGAGAGCGAAUAAGACUGAUAUUGUUAGAAAGGGCAAGGAAUGUGAGCUGGGGGAAGGGGUGGAGCUUACGCUGGGCGAGCUGCGCGCCAUGGCGCUCCGGCAGCAGCAGCAGAUCGACACGCAACACCAGCUCCUGUGCGCUAAGGAACAGAGGCUACGGUACCUGAAGCAGCAGGAGGCACGGCAACAUCAGGUGGCGGUAGAGGGCGAGCGGCUGCGGCGGCUGCGCGAGCGCGUGGAGGCGCAAGAGUUGAAGUUGCGCCGCUUGAGGGCGCUGCGAGGCCAACUCGACCGCAACAAGCAGGCCAAUAUCGCACUUACCAGCGACCUCGAGUCGAUCCGCGCGCUGUUCAAUGAGAAGGAGAAGGAGCUGUCGGUGGCGGUGGCCAAGGUGGAGGAGCUGACGAGACAGCUGGAGGAGCUGCGCCGCGGCCGGGCCAGCAGCGCGCCGCCGCCCGCACACGAACUCGACAAGCUUAGGAGGGAACUUAUGUACCGCAACAAACUGAACGAGCAGCAGAACGGGCGGCUGUCGGCGCAGCGCGCGGCGCUGGGCGUGCGACAAGAGGAGAUGAGGAGCAUAGACCGCCGAGUUUCCGAACUGCAAGCGCGCCUGCUGAGGAAACGAGCGCUCAACAGGCAGCUGGCGGCCGCGCAUAGACAACAGCCGCAACAGAGGACAAACAACCCAACGCCGAUGCAACAGUUGCCUAACUAUCCAACCAGUGGAAGCAAUGGAAUAAGCAGUCAACCAAAGAAUCAACAAACGCGGGGAAAUAUAGCCGCUGUCGAGCCUUACAACCACGUGCCCCACGCUCAGAGCCUCAGCCAUAACCAGAAUUUCCAGGCGUUAAAGCAGAACGUAAUACAAAAUAACGUGCCAUUGAAACAGCUAACACAACCGGACAAUAUUCAAAGCCAUUUAACACAACAAGAAGCGCAUUAUCUACAACAGAAACAGAUGAUAAACCCCCUGUAUAACGGUGGCUACAACAACUUACCUCCGGGAAUUCAGGACAGCCAGUAUCAAGGGCAAUAUCCAAACAAACAUGCAGAUAUCAACUCCUUUAGUCACGUUCAACAGGGAAUCAGCAACGCAUACGACCAGAAAGCCAUGUUUGAACAUAUAAAUAAGUAUCCUGAUUAUCCGAAACAACCACAAUACAGCCCUAACAGUACAAGUAGUUCUAACAGUAACCAAAAUGGAAAGGAACUUAAAAUAAAUGAACAAGAGUUCUUACCUGAAUUUGCGGCCAGCAAAUCGGACCCGAAGUAUCAGACGUUGCCAUAUAACACUAAGUUCCCACAAAAUGCUACAGGUAAAAUAAAACAAGAUACUAAUAGUAAAAACAGUAAUGAGUUGAGUCAAGAGAGCAAAAACCAGAAUCAGAAUGCAGCUAAUAUAAAUCACAUGACGGUGCAUUCUACGCCCCUGUCCGUGGUGAACAAGAGUCUUGCCACACCUCUAAGUCAAACAGAAGCAACAUAUCAACAGGACCAGAACACAUAUCAAUUGCAGAAAUCUGACUCUUCAAGUAGAUGUAACCAAGAGGGUAAAGAGAAUCAAGCAUAUCCACAAAACAAUAGGCUAAGCCAGAGUAACAGUACAGAAGGAUCCAAGAGCAAUGGCACAAAGAGCCAACAGGGUAGCACAAUACUGAAAGGCAGUUCACCGAGUCUGGGCUCAAAUACAACGGGCAGCAGUAGCUCUUUAGGAUUUGGAAAGCCUGUGUCGAGUGUGGCACCCACUACGGUGCAGGUGUCCAGCGGUCGACCGUCACCCAUUUACCAGACAUCCUCCACCAAAAUCCAACCUGUCCAACCACAAACUGUUCAAACAUCUGUACAAAACUCAUCUAAUGUCAUAAACCCAGUAGCGAGUAACCCGGUUGUCUCCCAACCCCAGAUUGUUAGGAACACAGCCUCGGGAUUGUCUUCGAGUGCAUCAGCUUUCGGUCAGAAUGCGUCGUCUCAGAGUAUCUUGCUGUCUCCUCCGCAAAGUGCCAGUACCCCCUUGUCCACGCCUGAUGUUAGUGGCACCGACAAGUCCCCCAAGCCCGCACUACCUCCUAAGCCGACAAUCAAGACGCCACCGCGACAAUCAGCCAACAAUGACACCAAUUUCCAGGCUAAGGACCAGGACACGGCGCUACCCACCCUUCCCAUACCUGACAACUCCUCCAACGACAGCGACAACCCAUCCCGGGAGGCAAACAACGAAAUGAUCAUCAAAGCGAGGCCGCUCACCAUACGAAAACCCCCCCUAAGCGAACAGCCCAAACUAAGAAACAUGAACACCACCAAAAACGGUAUCAGCGUAAGCAUCAACAGACGCAUCGAAAUGCCUCCAGCAUUCUUAUUCCCUGAAAUGGACCACCUAACGAGAGAAGCGCCUAGCGAGAACGGCCUAAUUCAGAAGAGGGACGAAGUAGAUAAGGCUUUAAAUAAUAAUGUAGAUGUAAUUUCUAAUGAGAAGAUGGAAGAGGGCAAGGAAGUGUCGACCUUAGUGUCUGAUGUGACGGAACAGAUUAGUUCUGUGGAUCUAAACGGUCAGGACGGUCAGUUGGGUGAUAAUGUUCUGAGGCGGUCUAAGAAGGGCAAUCUGAAGCAAGGAGGGAAGGCGCCUCUUACCAGAAGAGUCAGCUUUGAUCCCCUGGCGUUGCUUCUUGAUGCUAGUUUGGAAGGAGAAUUGGAGCUUGUCAAGAAAACUGCUACUCAGGUCCAAAACGCCAGCGCAGCCAAUGAUGAAGGCAUCACAGCUCUACACAACGCCAUCUGCGCCGGACACUUUGAGAUCGUCAAGUUCCUGGUGGAGCUGGGGUGCGACGUGAACGCGCAGGACUCGGACGGCUGGACGCCGCUGCACUGCGCCGCGUCCUGCAACAACCUGCCCAUCGUGCGCUUCCUCGUCGAGCACGGCGCAUGUAUAUUCGCGACGACGCUGUCGGACCACGAGACGGCGGCCGAGAAGUGUGAAGAAGACGAGGAGGGCUUCGACGGGUGUUCCGAGUACUUAUACAGCAUCCAAGAGAAGCUCGGCAUAAUGAACGGCGGCACAGUCUACGCCGUGUUCCCCUACUCCGCAGCGCGAAGCGACGAGCUCACCUUCAGUGCGGGCACAAGACUACAGGUGCUGAGGAAGGGAGACGACAGCGAGCGCGAGUGGUGGUGGAGCCGCGCGAGUGGGGCCGAGGGGUACGCGCCCAGGAACCUGCUGGGGUUAUAUCCAAGAGUAACCCCGAAGCAGGAUUGAGCACAUCUGAAGCAGAUCAAAUGACCUGAGAGGCGAUUCCGUUAAUUUACAACAUUAAUUAAAUACUUGCCCUAGAAAUCAUUUCGGAAAAUAUGUUCGCCGCAGGUUUUAGUAGUUAGUAAAUUCAUCUAACUGUAGUAAAGGUGAGUUUCUUGAACCAAAGUAUCUGUUUAUUCUGUUUUUCGAAUAUGAUCGGUAAGUAUCCAUAAUUUAAGCAAAUAAAUUAAUGGAAUUUGCCUAUCUGAUAGUGUAAAUAGUCUUUAUUUUUAACUAUGUAUUUAUAACAUUGUAAUGUAAAAGCCUAGACAUUGUACACAGUAUAUCAGAUCUAAUAUUUUGUAAAUAUUUAAAAAGUAAGUGCAAAAUGAUGAGAUUAUAUUGUAUAUUUUAUAAAUACGAGUCAUCUUAAAAUACAAAAUUGGUUAUAGAAUUUGUAUAUUAUAGGGUUUCUGCAAAUAUUGUGAGAUAUUAUACAUAAAUCGACAAUACAAAUAUAAAGAAUUUAAGAUUUA